UGCGGUGAGCACAUUAGAGAGAGCGCAAAGGAAAGUGGCAGGACAUCCGUAGGGGAAAACAGCACAUCUGGAUUUAUUUUCAUAGAGGUCCUGGCUAGAGCAAGGAAGUCCAAAUGGAGCCAGAAAUCACAGGAACCAUACCUACAUCGAUUUUCCCCACCAAUCACACCAAUGUUAGCGAGUGCCCUGACUCUGAGGCCUGGGCCUGGCUACACACCAUGCAGCCGAUCUACAUGUAUGUGAUCUGUGUGCUUGGAAUCAUAGGAAACGUCUUCGUCCUGCUGGUCUUUUGCCUGCAUAAGAAGGCCUGCACUGUGGCUGAGAUAUACCUGGGGAACCUGGCUGCCGCUGACCUCCUCCUGAUGUGCUGUCUGCCUUUCUGGGCGAUCAACGUGGCCAACGGCUUCGACUGGCAGUUUGGCUCCGUGAUGUGCCGCCUGGUCAACACAGGCAUCAAAAUGAACAUGUACUGUAGUGUCUACUUCCUGGUGCUGGUGAGCGCGGACCGGUACAUUGCGCUGGUUCACGCCAUGUCUCAUGGUAGAAUGCGGCGACCCUGGUAUGCUAAGCUCAGCUGCGUUGCUGUGUGGAGCCUAGGGGUGCUCCUCAGUAUCCCAACGCUCAAGUUCAGGACUGUAGAGUACAUUUCAGUUUAUGACGUAACAGCAUGCAUACUGGCCUACCCCAGCCCUGAAGCAGAAGUAGCCUUUGACAUUCUGCUCAUUCUGCUGGGCUUCGUCAUUCCUGUGUCCGUCAUAUCCUACUGCACCUGGAAAAUCAUAGAUGCCCUACGUAAGCAGGUCAUAGACAGGUUCAAUGCAGUCAAUACAGAAAAGAAGGCCACAGUUCUGGUGCUGGUGGUUCUACUGGCUUUCCUGAUCUGCUGGGUUCCUUUUCAUCUGGUGACAGUUCUGGAUCUGAUGGUGCGAUUCAAAGCAUUAGGUGGAUGCACACUGCAAAGUCUCCUAGAUAUCUGUAACCAGAUUUUCACAUACUUAGCCCUAAGCAACAGUGUCCUCAAUCCCAUCCUGUAUGUUAUAGUUGGAAAGAACUUCCGAAAGAAAGUGAAGGUGCUCCUGGAGCAAAUCACCCACCAAGGAACUAAACUGGGAGGUUCAACAAGAUCACAGCUAUCAUCAACUCUAAAGACUUUCGCAUGACAACCAAAAAAUGUGCUAUUGAGGCUAACUGAGUUUUUACAAAAGUAAAAAAAAAAUGUGGGUUAUAAUAUUCAACCUCCAAUCACUCUAAAAUUGGACCAGAUUAUUAAGGGUAAUAGUAACUAGUACAGUAUGUGAGACAGUAGGAACUAUAUGUUUGUUCCUUAGUGAACACAUCUGUAGCAAGAACUGGCAAUAAGCCAGUAGAUGCUGGACACAACUCCAUGCAAAAUAGCACUGACUGUGGCAGCGAUCAACCUCAGUACUAAUGCCCUCUGAAACCCUUCUCCAACAAGUGACCUUCCACCUCACUCAGUACACUCCAACAACUGCAGCUGCAGGGUUUACCAUGAUGUUCAAUACAAAAUCAUCAAUGAUAACAGGUGUUAAUGAACAACAAACAAUCGAAAAGACAAAAAAAAAAAGUCUUCAGCAAGAUCUUCUCUCGAAAGAUCUUUGUUACGCUAGUGAAAAGGAAGUAUACUUAAGUGCAUUAAAAGUAUAUUCAAAUUAGGUAAAGAAUAUGUGCAUUAUAAGUGCAUUUUCAAUUUAAUAUACAUUAUGAAAAUACGCAUUAUACAUUUAUCUCUGUAUUUCCAUAAAAUGUGUUUUUAAGCCAUGCUUUAAAUUAUACAUUGUGUUGAUAGAAAAUAUAUAUAGCGGCAUUAAACACUGCUUAAAGUGCACAAUUUCAUGCUUUUAUGUUGUCUUUAAAUAUAGCCUAAUUACAACUCAACUAUACUUAAGCUGCCAUAAGUUGUUCCAAAAUAGUACAUUUAGUAUGUAUUUAAAUAUAUAUUUUAAUUUAAAAAGUAUGUUAUUUUCCAUGCUAAGUAUACUUUUAAAAAUAUAUACUUUAUACACUUUUCUUUUACAAGGGUAACUUGAAUCUUUAUUAACUUAUCCCCUGAAAAAUGUAGCAGGUCAACCACUCAUUUUUUAUUUUACAGACACAUAUAUGUAUUUAUUAUUACCCUUGAAAAAAAUAAUAUUUUUAUUUCCAUUCUCAAAUCUGAUUGGAGACUUUCAGCAGUUCACAGAAAAUGACUAAGCCAGCACUGAGCAAUCUAAGCAAUUUGACAAUCUAAAGGUUUUGUCUGUAAUCACAAAUUCUAAGUACUUACGUUUUGGGUCUUAAGUACUAGUGAACACAAUACUUAGCAUUAGAAAUAUUAUGAGAAACUCUAGACCCUAGAAUGUGCCUUUUAAAUAUAUUGCUCAGUUCCUCAGCUGAGUGGAUGUGUCUGUAUAAGUUGUUGGAUACUUGUAUGUGGGGUUAUACAUGCUUGUAAAUAUCAUUUCAUUUUCAUGAGGCAAUUUUGUUAUGAACUGCCUUCAGUUUAUGUAAAUGAGGAUAAGAAUCAGUCAUGCCACAUAUCACAAAAAUAUUUAAAUAUGUCAAUAAUGCCUGUUUAUCAAGGUGUUAGUCUGUUACUAGGCCUAAAUUUGGUGUUUUAUGAAUCUGGUCCAGCAUGUUCUAAAAUACGGGAAUUAAAAUGUAUAUAUUUAUAAUAUGAUCAAAGAGAUUAAGACAAUAGUUAAAAAUAGUUUAUUAAUGGAUUAUUAUUUCUCUGUAAAUAAUGUACAACUUUGUGUGUAUGUAAUAUAUGCAGCAUGAUAUUUAAUAAGUCAAUUAUAUAAUAGGGUUCAAUUUGUUCUAUGCUGAAUGUGCUGUAAUGAUGCACAGGAAAUACGCAGAUGUCCCAAAGCAUCAGUGUAUUUUUCCUGUUACUAUUCCUGGUUACCUGGGGCUACAAGGAUAAGAUUAAAGUGUAAAUACUGUCAGAUUAUUUUACAGAUACUGUCUUAUGUAAGUGGUAAAAUCAGACUGGUGUCUAAGGCCCUGUGUAAACAGGAUCUAAAAUGAAGUUUCCAGACAGCAUUAUUCACUCAGGGGCACUGAAACGAUUUUCCAGAACUUUUAGGAAAGUACUGGGUGGGUCAUGCUGCACAAUCUGUCGCCGUCUUUCCAGUGGUGACACAAAGCCGGGUUCUUUUUACUGUGGCUUUAGAAAAACAGUCUCCUAAAUCAUGUGUUUUCCCUAAGCCUGCUGUCUGGCGAGACAUGCUGUCAAAGCAGAUGGUGGUAAGUUGCACACCCCCAUGUGACCGCAAGUUCCGCACUUGGCAAUAAACAGGACUUUACCGUUGUCUGUGGGUGGGUACUCAGAACCUGAAAACAACUUGUAAUGUAUUUCUUUUUCUCUUAGUAAAAGUCUUUUUCUCAUAAA